AGUCAGUUGUUGAUCUUCAUACAAUCGUCAACAUGAAAUUCCUUGUCGUUGCCUUUGCUUUGGUAGCAGUAGCUGCUGCUCAACACCAACAUGUCACACCAGUGCCUAUUGCCAUUUUACGUCAGUCCCACGAUCAAUCGCCCGAGGGCGCUUACCAAUACAGCUACGAUACCGAGCACGGAAUCCACGUUGAUGAACAAGGACAGCCUGGACCAGUAGGCGAAGAAGGAACUCCAGCAAUCGUCGCCCGUGGAUCAUUCAGCUACACCGGCCCUGACGGUACACCCUACCAAGUUACUUACACCGCUGACGAGACUGGAUUCCACCCAGAAGGUGCUCAUCUUCCAGUGGCUCCUCCAGUACCUGAAGAAAUCCUCCGCGCUCUUGACUACAACGCAGCUCACCCUGAAGAAAACGAAGGUACUUUGAGCGGUAGCUUCCAACCAGGAAGUUCUGUCAAAACUGUUCCAACUCCUCAAGUAUCCCAGGGUUUCGCUAAACCCAACUUCGGCCGCCGGUUCUAAAUAAAUUAGUUAAUUAACUAAUGGGUCAUACAUUUGAUUGCUAAAAAUAAUUAUUGUAUUGUUUUAUUAAACAUUUAUUAUUCAUUUGUGUAAUUGAA